AAGUUUAAAAACCAAAACAUUUCACCCCACAACCAAAACAGCUGAAAACGAAAUUGCAGUCGAUCCGUCAUCUUCGUUCUGUUCAGUGCACGUUCUUUAGAUCCGCUGUAGAAAUGCAUCUGUGAGUUCUUGCCGUUUUGGAAAUCACUGCACCAACAACAAUGAUUGUCAACCUGUUACGAACCGGCACCAAGUGCAGCAGAUCGGCCCUCUAUCGGAAGAGUUCCCCUAGGUUUACUGCUGGGUCAUCGUUACGUCAUAAUGAUUGGUCAUUUUGUUCGCAAAGACAAUUCUCGUGGAGCGGCGUUCCGGAGUGCCGAAGCAGAUUCCGCUGUUCCCCCGGCCUAUUUCGCAACAGUGCGACGGAUUGGAUGCGUUUGAGUCGAUGGAGUAGCAGCAGUACAUCCAAUGCGGCUUCCGCUGUCGGAAGCGGGGCCAAUUUGACACCUGUUGAGAAACCUCCGAAGGUUAAGCUGAAAUCAACCGAUGUGAAACGAUUGCUGGAAUUUGCCAAACCGGAACGAUGGAACAUUGCAGGCGGUGUCAGCUGUUUGGUGCUUUCUUCGGCAAUCACGAUGGCCGUUCCCUUUGGGUUGGGAAAAGUACUGGACGUUAUCUACGCGACAUCCGGAGAGUCUGGAAUAGCCAAGGAGAAACUGGACCAGUUUUGUAUGUUGCUGGCAGGUGUAUUUCUGCUAGGUGGAUUGGCCAACUUCGGACGAGUUUAUCUUUUUAGUAAUGCCUCUCUACGUAUAACACGUGACAUUCGGGCAAAAGUGUACAGUUCCAUGCUGAACCAGGAAGCGGGCUGGUUCGACCAGAAAGGAACGGGAGAGCUGGUGAAUCGGUUAUCUUCCGACACGUAUCAGGUGGGAAACUCGCUCAGCAUGAAUCUUUCGGACGGGCUUCGAUCGACGGCGAUGAUUAUGGCCGGAACGGGAAUGAUGGUUUACACUUCGCCACAUUUGGCGCUGGUCGGCAUGUGCAUCGUUCCAUGUGUGGCCGGAAUGGCCGUAUUCUACGGUCGGUUUGUGCGUAACAUUACCAAAGAGGUCAUGGAUAAGUAUGCCGACAUCAUGAAGAUCGGCGAGGAACGUUUGGGCAACAUCAAAACAGUCAAAAUGUUCUGCAAGGAGAAGUAUGAGAAUCAAAUGUUUUCUGAGCAACUGAUGGAUGCCCUCAAUAUUGGAUAUCGGGAAACAAAGGCUCGUGCUACUUUCUAUGGGAUGACUGGUCUUUCGGGGAACAUCAUAAUCCUGUCGGUGCUUUACUACGGCGGAACAAUGGUGAGCAAUAGCGAGAUGACUGUCGGAGCUCUAACGUCUUUCAUUCUGUACGCCGGAUACACUGCCAUAUCCAUAGGAGGUUUAAGUAAUUUCUACACCGAACUGAACAAGGGUGUCGGUUCGGCUACCAGGCUGUGGGAAAUCAUAGACCGGAAGCACACAAUUCCGGUGGAAGGGGGUCUCGUGCUGAAGGAGCCUCCUUACGGAGAGAUCGUGUUUGAUAACGUUAGUUUUAAUUAUCCUUCCCGACCGCAUGCCACUGUAUUGCAAAAUCUUAACCUGAAAAUAGAACCAGGAACCUCCACUGCCGUCGUUGGACGAAGCGGUUCGGGGAAAUCGACGCUCGCCUCUUUAUUGUUAAGAUUAUACGACCCUCAGAAUGGUGUUAUUUCACUAGAUGCUCGUGAUCUGAAGGAUCUAAAUCCAAUGUCGCUUCGCCAGCAUAUUGGAGCUGUAAACCAGGAACCCGUUCUGUUUAGUGGGACAAUUCGCGAAAAUAUUCUCUAUGGGCUGAACCUAGGCGACAAAAUUUCUGAAGCAGAGUUCGAUCGUGUUAUACGAGAGGCACAUGUGUACGAAUUCGCCAAGGACUUUCCUGACGGUUUGAACACUCGUGUCGGCCAGCGAGGCAUUAUGCUCAGUGGAGGACAAAAGCAACGUGUCGCUAUUGCAAGAGCAAUCAUACGAAAUCCCAAAAUCUUGAUCCUGGACGAAGCGACCAGCGCACUCGACGCCGUCUCUGAAGAACUCAUCCAGAAUGCCUUGGAGAGUCUGACCAGAAAUCGAACCGUACUGACGAUAGCUCACCGGUUGAGCACGAUACGAAACGCCACCAACAUUGCCGUACUGCAGGAUGGGAUGGUAGUCGAGCAUGGCAAUUACGAACAGUUGAUGGUGAAGGAGGGUGGACUGUUUAAAGAAUUAGUGCAACGACAAGCUUUUGCAUCGUCGACGUAGGUAUAUAUUUUCAGAUUCGUUGUUUGACUUAUUUAUAUACUUUAUUUGAAAGUAUGAGGUGUAUGGUAGAGAAAAAGUUGUAAUUUUUUGAGAUGAUGAAAGCAAGAUUAUAAUGUGAUUAACUACA